GAAGAAAUAAAUCAAAAUAAAUAAGGGGCUGUGCGGUCACUUAGUAAGCGCAGAAUCAGGAACGAUUCAUAAUAAAUACUCUAAUUCCCUUUUUUUUCCUUGAGAUAUAUCAUCAUUAAUUUUAAUUAAUAGCUAAUUACGUUCCCGGAAACCCGGGGAUUAGUGAAAAGAGAAGGAAAAAGGAACAAAAAAUUAAUAAUAAUUCUGAUAACAACAAGAAGAAAAAAAUAAUAAUUUAUAUUGACUUUGUUCUUCCCCAAAUUCAGUCUUUCUUCUUCUUCUUCUUUUCCUGUUCUUUCUUCUCUUUCUUUUUCCUUCUCCUUUUCAACGAUUUAUUCCCCUUUUGUUUAUUAUUAUUAUUAUUAUUAGGGAGCAGAGUUGAGAAACAUUUUUGUUUGUGCCCAGAAGAAGAUUGACCGGAGGAGGAAGAGGAUCGCGGUUGGGCCACUGAGUUGCGAGCAAUGAGUCAGGAACUCAGUGGGCGGAUCAGCAGCAGCGCCGUGGAUUGUAAUCAGAAAGCGGUUUCGGUUUCUUCUUCCGCCGCUACGGGGGAAGAUUCGGCUUCGGGUUCGGCGGCUUCGUCGCCGACGAGCAGGGUCAAGUUUCUAUGCAGCCAUGGUGGGAAGAUUAUGCUGAGGCCUCCUGACGGUCUCCUGAAGUACGUCGGCGGCGAGACUCGUGUCAUUGCAGUACCGCGUGAUAUACGCUUCUCAGACCUGAUGAAGAAGCUGAAAGCAGAAUUUGAAAGUGACGUGGUGCUCAAAUACCAGGUUGUGCCAGAAGAUCUCGACAUACUGGUCUCUGUACGAAACGAUGAAGAUCUAAAGCACAUGCUAGAGGAAUACUACCGCCACGAGAGCGAAGGGAUAACAAAGUUCCGAGCUUUCUUGUUCCCAUCCAACCCAAGCCUCCUCGACUCACAAGCACCCAUCUCUUCCGAUCCACAUGCAGCUGAGCAACGGUACAUGGAGGCAGUCAACGGCUCCACGUAUCAUCGAUCGGGAUUCCACAAUUCAAGACAGCCCUCGACCCUUGGCCGCCCGACAUUCAGCAUAUCCGCUUGCAACUCUCCCAACUGCGGUUCUCCAGAGAGCAACCGCAGCGAACCAGUGUCUCCUGAACCCGGAAAUUUCAUGAUGAGCAGCAACAACCCACUCAGCGGCAAACAUUCAAUGUCCAGAGUCCACAGCUCUCCUAGUCUCUGCAGUUUGAACAGCUACCAACAACAGCAGCAGAGUAACAGCAGCAGCAGCAGCAACAUGGGAAGCAAUCAUCAUCAGAUUUACAGACCUUAUCCGCACUACUACCACCAGCAACAGCAACAACAACUCCACCAUCCUCAUAGCUACCAACAACAUCAUUUGAAGCCUCCGUCGCAUGAUCCUCAUAGGCUGUCCCCAGGGUUGUCACGACACGAUAUGGUUAGAGGCCCUUCUUCAUCUUCUGCUAUAAAUGCUCAUCAUCAGUACUAUUCAAACAGCAGGCAUAACAACAACGUGGGAAUGGGAGUUGCUGGGAACAAGUAUGGAUACCAGGAUGAGCAUAAUGGUUAUUCGCCUGCGUAUAAUAGAAACUUUGACAGAAUGGAUAGUCUUCGUUCGAGUAGCAGAAUGGGAGUCGACAGAGGUGACAUGAGCUAACCAAUGGCUUCUUUCGUGUUCUCCUGUUCUCCCAACUCCAUUUUGACUCUCCAUUUUCAGGUUUUUUUGUCUCAACUUCCUACUAUUAUACAAAUCUUGUUUUCACUGUACAGACGGAGCACAUAUUUUAAGUUCAUUACUAUGUAAGCAAAGCCAUGCUGCCUAGAACCUAUAUUAUUGUAAGCAUCAGAACUGUGGUAAAAAGAAAAACUUGUACUGGUUCAGUAUUUGUAUUUCCUCUGUUUCUGCUGUGCUUUCAAAUUUCAAGCUGUGGCUUGCCAAAAGGGCUUCUACUACAGCAACUCCAUUGUCAGUUCUUUUCGAUUACGUGGUCGUGAAGUAACCUUUCUCUAGUUAAAACGGAC